GAUUCGCUUUGGGAAAAGGUAAACUAUCUUCACUAUUGCUAAACAUUAAAACUUGGUAAGUUUAAUCAUUAAAUUUAUUCAACUUUGUGCUUUGUUCUAUCAUGUGUAAAAAAUUCGAUUAUGUUUUAAAUAAAGUAAAAUUUAUAAACGGAAAAGUGCAAGUGUGUGAAAAACAUUUUCGGGUAAAACGUUACACGAGAUAAAAAAAAUAUUUUUUAUGAGAGCAGAUACCUUUAUUUUUCAUUAGUAAAAUUUAAUCAUGAAAAAUAUUGUUCAUACGAUAAAAACGCAAAAUAUUUUAAUUGUUAUUGUCAACAAUGUGUUUUAAUUUGUAACGUGUCUAUGAACCAUAAAUGAUGUAUAUAAUUAAAAUAUGAAAAUAACAAAUUAUUUUAUUCUAAUUUUAACAAUUACAGAUUGGAACCUUACAUGAAUAAUGUAAACCAAACGAGCUAAGUAAAGAAUAACGCAGAGGAGAAACAUAUAUAAGCAAAGAAGAUGUUCGGCCUCCUUCGAAGAAUUUUAUUCCUUUUUUUGUUGGGAACUUCUUUUUGUUUCUGCUCCACAGAUCCUGCCAGAUCUGUGAGAGCAAUUAAAGGACGAUUUCGAACAUCUUAUGCUGCAUGGCGUAUAGUGUUUUCUUUGACACAACCACAAGGUUCGCUAAAAACGGAUGUACAAAAAGCAUGGGAAAAAGCAAGACUGGAAUCAUCUCAUGCAGACAUGAAUGUAUCUUUCAUAGAAGCUCCACCUAAGACAGAUUCGCUAUCCUAUCCUCUGUCAUUAUUAAACAAAUUUUGCAAUGAAAUUAAAGGUGGAAGAACUGCAUUAAGUAUCAUUAUUGGAGGAGGCUCUGCAGCUAAAUUUCUUGUGACUGCUGCAGCUUCAUUAAAUAUUCCAGCAUUGUGGUUACCGUUCACUCAUGAAGAUUUUCUUAGACAGGGCAAUCUUGGUCAAUUCGAAAGUCGUAUAGGGUCUAGUACAAAGGAAGUGGGAGCAGCUGCUGCUGCUUUAAUGCACAGAGCAAACUGGCAUGCAUUCACUCUUCUUAUAGAUACUACUUUGCUUCCAAUCAAUGAUUUAUUGCAUGCAAACCAAACAACUUUAACACCUAGAACCAUUAUACAUCUUCCGACAAAUGAUAAAACUUUGAGAAUUAGACUGAGAAGAGUUGCCGAGGAAGGAGGUAGUGGAGGAGUCAUAGUAAUGGGUUCUGACUUGAACAGUGCACGAAGAAUAUUAGCUGUGGCUGGCAAAUAUGAAAUGCUUGCAGGAAGAUUUUUAUGGCUUUGGCUAGACUUGAAAGCAGAACUAAGACCUAACGAACCAAAUGUUAUCAGCUCUCAUAUUAUACAUAGCUCAAGAUCAUCGAUAGCAACGAAUGAAAAUCCUUCAGCCCUAGAGAGUAUAAAUCGAAACAUGAAUCUCGUAGCAGAAAAUCAGUUAUCUUUAAAUUCCUUGCCCAAUUUAUCGAAUGAUAUACAUCGAUUACAAGAAUAUAGAUGGCAGAACGAAAUGUCUGUGAAUAAACAAGAAGAUAAAAGCUUUAAUUUUGAUGAUGAUGAAGAUAUUAGAAUAAAGGACAAGGAAUUGAAUUCCAAAGAUUUUAUGCCAGUUGGUAUGCUAGUAUUAAGACCAUCUGGCAUAAAAUUAAUGGGUAGUGAUACUAUAUUAUCCAGAAUGAUCAGGGAAACCUCUCAGGCAUUGGACGAAACAUUUAUAGAAGUAAAACCUAGAUUGAAUCGUUUAAAUGAAGCUCAAAUGGAAGAGAACUUUAUACCAGAAUGCUUCUCAAAAAAUAAUGCUAAAUUUUUGACAAGUAAAAUGAGGCACACUGUUUCAAAGACUUUAACUCAGAAGUUGAGGAAUUCUGUAAGUCAACUUUCCAAGGACAAAGCUAAAUUUCAUUUGCUGAACUUACAAGCCAUAAGAUUUCCAGGAAACAAGACUCAAUUGAGAUGGACCAAAGUUGGUACAGUAAAAGGAGGAAAAGAAGUUCAUUUGGAUACCAUAAUUUGGCCAGGGGGUGGUAUCGUGCCCGCAUAUCUAGAACAAGGAGGCGAAAAAAUUGGGAUGCCAAUGUAUCGCAUAGUAACAGCACUGGCACCACCAUUUACAAUGGUUACAAAUCUACAAGAAGGUCUCUGCUUGAGAGGAGUUUUUUGUCGUCAAGAAAAUAUUCUGAUGUGUUGUUAUGGUUUAAGCAUGGACUUGAUGUCCUUGGUGUCUCGUGAAUUAGGAUUUCGAUACGACUUAUAUUUGGUGAAAGAUGGUCUGUUUGGAAAGAGAAAUGGCAGCACGUGGAAUGGGAUUAUGGGAGAAUUAGUUUCUAGUCGAGCUCAACUAGCCUUUGCACCGCUCAGUGUGUCUGCUCGUAGAGCGGAAGUAGUUGAUUUUACCACGCCAUAUUUCUUCAGUGGAGUCAGCUUUCUCACUGCGCCAAAGCUCAAAUCAGAAAUAUCGCUAUUUGCUUUUCUAUUUCCAUUCAGUCCAGAGCUGUGGAUCGCUGUUUUUACAUCGUUGAAUUUCACUGCCACAGCAGUGGCACUUUACGAGUGGUUCAGCCCGUUCGGUCUGAACCCAUGGGGUAGACAACGAAGCAAGAACUUUUCGAUAGCCUCUGCCUUGUGGGUGAUGUGGGGUCUCCUUUGUGGACAUUUAGUUGCCUUCAAAGCACCGAAAUCCUGGCCUAAUAAAUUUUUGAUCAAUAUUUGGGGUGGUUUCUCGGUUAUCUUCGUAGCCUCUUAUACAGCCAACAUAGCUGCCCUUAUCGCGGGCCUUUUUUUCCAUCCUGCAGUAAGCAAUUAUCACGAUAAAAGUUUGUUAUUACAGAAGGUUGGUGCACCAAGAGCGUCCGCAGCCGAAUACUAUGUACAGAAAGCAAACGCACAAUUAUGGUCCCACAUGGCUAGAUAUUCUUUAUCAAAUGUUGCUGAGGGUGUAGAGAGAUUAAGAAAUGGUAGUUUAGAUAUACUUAUAGCAGACACUCCUAUUUUAGAUUACUAUCGAGCGAUAGAUGAUGGCUGUCGAUUGCAAAAAAUUGGAGAUACUAUAAAUGAAGAUACUUAUGCUGUUGCCCUUACCAAAGGUCAUCCUUUGAAAGAAAGUAUAUCCAGAGUUAUAGCUAAUUAUACAAGUACCGGGUUACUGGAUAUUCUGCAAGAAAAAUGGUAUGGUGGUUUACCCUGCAUUCGAGGAAGAGAAGGAAUGGAUACCGGUUUUGAACAUGAGCAAGGAGGACAACCCAGACCAUUAGGUGUUGCUUCUGUAGCUGGCGUAUUCUGUCUUCUAGGAAUGGGUGUUGUUCUCGGUACAAUUAUUUUAGCUGGGGAACACUUAUUUUACAAAUAUACAUUGCCCAGAUUGAGACACAGACCGGAGGAUUCUAUAUGGCGCAGCCGUAAUGUGAUGUUCUUCUCACAGAAAUUAUACAGAUUCAUCAAUUGCGUAGAGCUGGUGUCGCCACACCAUGCUGCCAGAGAACUGGUUCACACGGUACGACAAGGACAAAUUGCCUCCCUUUUUCAAAAAAGUGUCAAACGAAAGGAACACGAACAACGUCGAAGACGCAAAAGUAAAGCUCAGUUUUUUGAGAUGAUCCAAGAAAUUCGAAGAGUUCAACAAGAGGAAAAAAUAGAAACUGUAUCAGAAGAGCAGGAAAAGAUAUCCACUAUCAAGAAAGAAGAGAAACUUAUAAAGGGAAGAGAAAGAAGCAAAAGCAAGAGUCCUUUAAUGCCUCGAAGUCCAAAGAGGUCAGAGAAGAGUAGAAGUUCGACCAAUUUAUCAAGCUCUAGAUUAGGAUUAUCUCCUAUCAGUUUGGAGGCUCCUAUGAAGCCCAGAGAGUUUACUCUAAGUAGCACCAAUUUAAGAGCGAGAAGUCCUCUUGAAACGGUGGGUCGUCGUUUGAGUCAUGGAGAUGGUGGAUCACCACCUCCACGUUUAGGUUCUCAUUUCGGAGGUAGUGCAACAUUAAGACCUUUAGCUCCAACAAAAAGCGAUUCCACCGGUAGUACGACACCAACGAUCAAAGGUGAAUCGACUGGAGGAGGUGCACCUACACCUAGAUAUGCCAGAAGUCCAGCAAAACGAGGACAAUCGUUUCCAGUGUUCGCUACCUUGAGACCACCACAUUCUUCUACCUAUCAUAUAUCCAAGAGUCCAUUGUUAUCGCCGAAUAACGAAUUAACUUCGGCCAUAGGGAGAAAGCUAUCUCGUGAAUGGGGCUCAGGAACGAUAGACAUCAGCAGGUCCUCAGAAGCGAUGGCCAGUGGUUCCACUUAUACAUUAAAUCAAGAAAUGACAUUGUCUCUAGAACGGCCAUCGCAUGAGAAGAUCCAGGAUGAUACUUUACCCAUUAAGAAGCCUAUAAGAAGAGCAAGAAGUCAUGAAAACAGAGAUACUGGCAAAUUGAUGGCUGAUUUACCAUCACCAAGACUUACCGCUCAACCGGUAGUGGGAGGCCGAUCGGUAAGCGAACGAACGAAAAAACAAUUAGAAUCCGAAUUGAAAGCGAUUUUAAGUGCUAGAGCCCAUCAUCGCGAUUUGCAUCCUCCUUGAUAGACAAC